AUGUCGAAGUUGCGAAAGUUGAAGAUUGCGUCUUCAUCAUGUCUCAGCGAUAACGCCUACAACAAGUUCCCAGUAUUGCUUAUGGUGAGCUACAAUUUGACUCUGAAGACCUACCUGCCUUCAUAUCCCGACGUUCCGGAAAACAAGAAUUUGACUCUUGAAGGUGAAGUCGAAAUAAUGGUUGAAGUGCAUAAAGCAAUCAACCAAAUCGUUCUUCACAUGGAACGUCUAGAAUUAAUCGAAGAGAAGUGCGAAGUGUUGCUGGAACCUCAAGGAGACUCG